AUGGAGUCGGAUCUGUGCAGAUAUUUAGUUGGACACUCUGUACAGAUUAGCCGCAGUGAUGGCCGAGUUCAUCCGGCUUAUGUGAAAUCUGUCGAUACCAUCAAGUCCACGGUGAUGGUCGAGUGGAAAGAGAGAACCAUGUGCCAAGGGAAGGAGAUUGAUGUGAGCGAGUUGUGUACACUCAAUCCAGAGCUUUUGGACAUUAUACAGUCUGUCGCUAACGAAGCUGCUGAGGCACCCACUCCUGCUCCAGAGAAGAAGUACAGCAGUCGACUGCGCUCAUCCAGGAUUCCUGCACCCCCCAGCUCGUAUACUCCAGCAGUCACCAAGGCUGAAGAGUCAGGUCGGAAAGGCCGUCAUGUUCCUCUCUAA